AUGGACUGGUCGAAAAUGUUGCUCCCGGGAUUCCUGCUGGUGUUCCAAGUCAUCUUCAUCAUUCUCUACGGCCUCUUGGUGCGCUAUGACGAUACCGGAGCACCCAUCACCAGCAACGACACUACCGUCCAGGACAUCAGCGAGCUGGGCAGCUCUCGGAGCGCGCUCAAAGUGUAUCCGUUAUUCCAAGAUGUCCAUGUAAUGAUAUUUGUCGGAUUCGGCUUUCUUAUGACGUUUCUCCGUCGCUAUGGAUUCGGGAGCAUAUCGUUCAACCUCCUCCUCGCCUCAUUUGCCAUCCAGUGGUCCACCCUCACGUCCGGAGUGUUCCAGUUCAUCGACCAAUCAGAUGAUGGGGACUGCUGUACCAUCAACGUCAACCUGGAAACUUUAGUGGGUGCUGAUUUCGCUGGAGCUGCAGUCCUAAUAACGAUGGGGGCAGUCCUCGGGAAAGCCUCUCCGCUCCAGCUCGUCGUCAUCGCGUUCUUUGAGCUCAUCUUCUACUCUUGCAACGAAGCUCUCAACGUCCAUGUCUACAUGGCGGCCGAUAUCGGAGGCUCCAUGCUCAUCCAUACGUUUGGUGCCUAUUUUGGACUGGCUGUCUCGCUGGUGCUAUACAAUAAGGAUGUCAAGGACCACGAAAAGAACUCCUCAGUCUACCAUUCUGAUCUCUUCUCAAUGAUAGGGACGCUGUUCUUGUGGCUGUUCUGGCCCAGUUUCAACGGUGUCCUGGCGUCUGGAAAUGCACAGACGCGAGCCGUCAUCAACACCUACUAUGCCAUGACUGCCAGCGUCCUGGGAACCUUCAUUUUCUCUCUCCUGUUCAACAGGAAGAAGGGGAAACUGUCAAUGGUUCAUGUCCAGAAUGCCACACUGGCGGGAGGAGUAGCUGUAGGUGCAAUGGCAGACAUGGUCAUACAGCCGUGGGCAGCUCUUGUCAUCGGUCUUCUUGCCGGCCUCAUUUCUGUCUUUGGUUACAAGUUCCUUUCACCUCUGCUGGAGAAGUACCUGUACAUCCAGGACACGUGUGGUGUUCACAAUCUCCACGGGAUGCCAGGGGUGUUUGCUGGCCUCGGGUCCUUUGUGGCAGCUGCUCUCGCCAGCUACAGUGGAGGUGGAAACAAGGUUCAAUACGGCGACAGUCUAUAUGUGGUGUUCCCAGCGAGGGCUCCAAGCAGCGAAGGUGAACUAACUCUGGCCCAAGCCGGUCUCGGAGUUGGCACGGGAGACGGUCGCAGUGCGGGGGAGCAGGCAGGGUACCAGCUGGCCUGUCUCGCUACCACUCUUGCCAUUGCCAUCAUCGGAGGCCUCAUCACUGGUGCAAUAGUUCGCUUCCUGCCAAAGUUGAAGGGAGAGGAUGACGUUGAUGAGGACCACCUCUUUGACGACGAGAUUUGCUGGGAGCUCCCUGACGAUGCAGACAAUUACCUACCCAGCAAGUCGACGAAGAUUGAGGAGAGGGUUGAGGCAAUCGGUCUUCGUCAUCGAGGGGUGUCCCCGCAGAUGUCAGCAGACCCCGGCCAGCCCUCGAAAGAACAGGAGACUUCAAUUUGAUCCCAGGUCAGAAGAUGGGAACAUAGAGCGAAAAUUUGAGGGAUUUUCAGUAACCACGAACUACUUUAUGUUGUACUAUAUAGCUACAUUAGGCGAUUAUCUUUCUGGCUGUUUGUAAUAUAUACUGCAUGUGUAUAUUAUAUACAAUUCUUUAUACAAAAUGAAUUUGAAUGAAAAGCUGAGCGCAGUGAUGAUUUUUAUUAUAAGUAAUUCUGGGAUGAAAGGUGGGUGUUAGCGAUGAGGGUGGGUGGUUGUGAUUCUUCAUGUGUGAUCUGACUGCCAGCAAUCAAUGACGUCCACCGUGGAGUCCUCGACAACCAGCUCCACCUCACAGGUGACUUCGUUGUUGCGAAAGUCGCUCUCACUGGAAUCUUGAUGCGGGUUGAGCAGCUGGCUCACCAGGUACGUCCCUGAGGGGACCCCUGUUAUAUCGAUCCAUUGACAGUCCAGGUAGCGUCCGUAGCGAUCUCCACAAUUCGCCGAGAUCCCCUGGUCAGAGUCCGGCCUGCACAUGUAGUGUGGCGAAUGUCCCUCGGCACACACAGUGUCCUCGAGACAAAACGAGGCUU